GACCUGUACACGACGUCGGAGCAGAAGCACGUGCUUGGAUAGUGCAGUGUAGUGACAGUGAGAGAUGGAGAAGCUCGUUCUGUGUUUAGUGUUGUUUGCGGUUGUAGCCGUGCAAGCGAGACACCAGUUCCCUAGAGUCAGCGAGCGCCUUGGGGAACCCUUCAGGAUAGGGGAAUACAUCAAAGUUGUCUGCACGUCAGAACUCAGCAACGAAAGGGACCACAUCAUGGAAAAGUCGAGAUGCGGUGAACCGAAGGAUGUCUUCGUGCAGUUAAAACCUAACUCACCUCACGAGCUGGUGAGCCCUAGCGCGGUUUGGGUGAAGAACUGUGUCGGGAUUUGCGAUUAUGACAAUGAAGGAUCCUGUAUUGCGACUGAAACAAAAAUCAGACACAUACCGGUACGAAUAUACAAUGGAAACACAAAUAAAGAAUCAUGUGCCACGUACGCGGUGGAGGAGCACGUCAAGUGUGGGUGCUGCGCCCUUAGUCCCGACCACUGCGUCUCCCCCAGGGUGUUCAAUCCUCGUAAGUGCAGCUGCCACUGCCCCAAUAUCGAGGACAGGAGGGAAUGCGUCAAGAAGACGGACAUGACUUGGAACCGAGCUCAUUGCAAAUGUGAAAAGAUAUAGAUCGCAGCGGCGACCAAGACUCCACCAAGAAUACGGCUCAAGCUAAUACAGCUGAUGGCAUUGAAUUAUAGUGACGGACCAAUGACGCUAGACUAAACAUGAUUAUGAUGAUACUAAAUCAGUAUACGCAACGACUGACUGAUAAUGUGUCUUAAAAUUAAUGAUAAGUUGUGAAUUUAAACAGUAUUAUAAAUUGUAAGUUAUUUAUUAUUUUCUAUGAUUAUAUCAAAAAGGGGCCAAAUGGUGUUUGUGUAGGUACGUGUUGUAUCACUUUUUGGUAUGUUUUUUUUAUUUAUUUAUUUAUCUCGGGUACUUAAUUAUGUAAGUUCAGUAUUUUUGUUUUGUCCCAUCGUCGGCAUAGUGAAGCAACGUUUGUCCGGUGAGCGUGCUUAUUGCGAGUUUUUUAACUACUCGAUCGCGUAAAGAUUAACUCAAAUUUGUAUGGAGUUCAAACAGCUUCCCUUCGUUUGCCGCUAGGGGCGCUGUUCCAACUCCAUACAAAUUUGAGUUAACUUUUACGCUAUCGAGAACGUUAAAAAACUCGCACUAAGCACACAAGUAGGUUUAUAAAAAUUGACAAGUAUUAUUCUACUGAGAGUAUUUUAAGUAAGUUAUUGGCAUUAGACGUACGCAAAGAUGUUAAUUCAAUUAUUUUAUAAGGCUGCUCAUGUCAAAAUGUAUAUUAAUUUAAAUAGAAAACGGCUAGCCUAAAUUCGGUUUCUAGCUGUUUGCUGAGAUUGGUGUCAAACAAUAAAAUAGUAUGUCCAUAAUAUCCCAUAAUUAUAUAAUUAAGAUGCAGGCGUGCGUGGAAGAUGGAGACAUACUCUCAUAACGCAUCCAGUUUUCUUUUAAGGUAUUAAUUGAUAUGUGAUUUUGUAACAAUUUUGAUGACGUAGUCCCAAAAUUUUCUUUGUGAAUGUAAAAAGUAAUGUGUAAAUAUUAACGUGUAGGAAAUAUUGCUAGUUAAAAUUUUAUUUAUUUCUUAAAAGAGUACCUACUUCUAGUAAGAUCAGUUUUGUAGACUUAAGAAUGUAUUUAAAAGAAAUUUGACAAUGUCGUAUGUUGGAUCGUAGGUUCACGAUGUCGGCGAUUUAGUUUAGGGCGUAAUUUAAAUAAAAUAUGCGCAAUUCCUACAUUGUGAUAUAGGUUAAAUUCCAUUAGGGUUAAUUUUUGAGUUGAAACUGCUCCUAGUCAAGCAAGGUUUUUUUUGUGGGUUUCUCUUUUGUAUUUUAGCUCUCUUCACGGUGCCUCCUUUAGCGAGAUAUGACCUAGUCUGCCGAAGUGCCAAAGGCAUGGAAUCUCAAUUUGAUUUUUGUUUAAUUUAUUUAUUUUAGCGUGUGUACUUAAUAGCUUUAAAAGCUAACUGAUGGACAUGAUUAGUCGUAAGUUCAUUGUAAAUUUUUGUUAAUAUUUCUAAGGAUUGCAAAAUAAAUAAAUUAA